AUGCCACUUGAAGGGUGGAAACCCGAGGCCGGAGACCUGAUUGAGAUUGACCGAGGGUUUUACAAGCACUGGAGUGUCUAUGUGGGAGAUGAUGACAUUGUCCAUAUAACAGGUCUGACUGGAAUGCCUGACCGGGGCUUUGCUAGCUCUAGCAAUGGCAAGGCGAUAGUGAAGAGCGAGCCCCUCGAAUGUGUUGUAGGGAACUGCAACUAUCGGGUCAACAACAAGUAUGACGGAACCCGGCAGGUUUAUCCGGUGCCCGAAAUCAUAGUCCGGGCAAACAACAAGGUUGGGAAGACGUGGACAUAUCAUGACUUUGCUAAGAACCGUGAACACUUUGCUAAUGAGAUUCGCUACAACAAAGCAAGAAGUGACCAAGCAGGUCCACGUGCUGAUGCCAAGCAAGGCAAACAGGGCUGA